CUCACUGCAUGCUUUUUAAAUUCCCAUCACCGGCCUCCAGACGUCGUUUCCUUUUGCCUGCGGGAUGAUGGACAGCAGGAUACUGGAUCCACCUCACGCCCAGUUCGGAGGCUCUCUCGGCGGGAUGGUGGGCUUCCCGUACCAUCUGAGCCACCAUCACGUUUACGAAUUAGCCGGGCAUCAACUUCAAUCUGCGUCCGCGGUUCCCUUCUCAAUAGACGGAUUACUUAAUGGUUCCUGCACGGCUUCAGUGGGUAAUUCCAACCCCCUCUUGUCUUCAGGCUGCGGGAUGAAUGGAGAUAAUCAGCAGUACAAACUGACAGACUCGGGGGACCCAGACAAAGAUAGUCCUGGUUGCAAGAGACGAAGAACUCGCACAAAUUUCACUGGUUGGCAGCUGGAGGAAUUAGAAAAGGCUUUUAAUGAGAGUCACUAUCCCGACGUUUUCAUGAGGGAAGCACUGGCUCUUCGGCUGGACUUGAUAGAAUCAAGGGUUCAG